AAACUGAAAAUGUUGUGGGAUACAAUCAGUCACACUAAGAACCUGACUGAUUUUAAUUGUAAGAUUAUAAGAAGACUGUGAUCAGAAAACCUCUCGUGUCCUAAAUACAUGACAGACUGAAGUGUAUUCUCGGCCUCAUUCAGAAGAGCUCCUUGUACGGUGAAACACCUCAGCAGAUAGUGAAACCCAGUCGUGACCCACUGCUGGAUCUGUUCUCCUCUGCCCUCCUGCCCUCAGCCAUCUUUGUCUGGUUGGUAUGCGCCUGUCUUCAGUCCCAUGAUCCACUCCUGGUCUAAAUAUAAAUACCCAAGCAGGGUGUUCCACUGUUAAGGUCGCAUUACAUCAUCCCGAGCAGCAUAUUCUCAAUCAAGCAGCACUCAGAGCCUGAGCUGUGGACGUGUUGAAGGCUUUAUGAUAUCCUGGCUCACGCGAAAAGUCAUCAGGAGGUGGUUUGAAAACGACAGGACGCAGUAACAGCUGAUUGUCCUCCUGGGCCGAGGGCUCGACCGGAGCUAAACGCCUCUGGAACAACACAAGAUACACAACUUGAGCACCUGGUGAAAACUUUUCUUGAGACUUUUGGCUGACAUGGGAAACGGAAUAAACAAGGUCCUGCCUGAUCUUUAUCUAGGAAACAUCAAAGAUGCUCGAGACAAGGAGCUGCUGGCGCAGCACAACAUCACCCACAUCCUGUCCAUACAUGACACAGCUGCUCCCGUCCUGGAGGACAUGACGUACCUGUGCAUAUCUGCCGCAGACCACUCUAAGCAGAACCUGACUCAGUACUUCAGAGACAGCAUCAUGUUCAUCCACGAGUCCCGGCUGAAAGGGGAGGGCUGCCUCGUCCACUGUGUUGCAGGAGUGUCCCGCAGUGUCACUCUGGUGGUGGCUUACAUCAUGACGGUGACGGGUCGCGGCUGGGUGGAGUCUCUGGCGGCGGUGAGGGCGGCGCGGCCCUGUGCCGGACCAAACUUGGGCUUCCUCCGGCAGCUGGAGGAGUUUGAAAACACAGAACUGACAGAAUAUCAGGCCUGGUGGAAGGACCGCUAUGGGAAGAAGUCCUUCAAUGACAACGAGGAGGUGGGAAUCCUCCUGACUCAGAAAUCUCGCAGCGGCAGCGGCGGCGUCAUAACGACCAGCAUCACUCCUGUGCUGACCACAGGCAGCACCUGAUAAAAAAUGUCUUGUGUCAAUCUCAUGUUGAACGUUCAGACUGUGGGCUUCGGCUUGGACCUUUAAACCCACUGAACCCACUGAGAGCUGACAAGCUGUUUGAGAAAACCAGCCCCUGCAGGGAAAAGCGAGAGUCUUUCUCAACGUGAUAUGUUGAAUCUCGUCAUGUGAUGGGAGGGGGUUUUUAUGUCAUUGUCUCAGUCCCGCUCGUCAUUACAUGUCCUUGCCUCUAACUGUCAAAACAUGCAAGGGCAGUCAAGCGCGACACCAAGGAAAUUUGUACAUACAGUCCAAAAUGUGUGAACACAUUUAGCUGUCAGUUAUGUUAUGCUGUGUCUUUUACUUGAAAUAUGAGUAUUACUUUCUGUAGACAGUGUGGAAGUUAAAGAGCACAGGGUCUUCCAGUAACACAGUACCACAUACAGUAUUUGUUUAUUUAUAACAGUUUUGUUGCUUGAUGAAUGUUGUUUUAAUGUUUUCAUCUAACAUCCAUUUCUGCUGUACAACAUGUGAAUUUAACUAAAUAUCCACGAAGGUGAGAUUUAAUUCAUUAGGUGAUUAUGUUUUCAUUUAUUCAGAGUACAAGAAUGGGAAAGUGGAAGAAAGAUGUAUUUCUGAUUCAGAAAACUUUCUUCUGAUUUACUGGAUAAUUUCAGGCAUUUUAGGUGCUUAGUGGUACAAGAAGAAGCGAGUUCUUUUACUUGGGAAAAGUAACAAUACCAGAGUGUAAAAAUACUACCUUGUGGUUGUUUGAGUUGGAAUUUAGUAGUUUAACAGGCUGUAUAACUCAGCGCACAUGCAGAAAUGUACCUUAACCUUUUUUAAAAUGUUCAUAUUUAUUUCCAUGGAGGUUUUUGUGAUUGUUUGAACUGAAGAUUUGUUGUUAUGACACAUUUGUUCAUUUUUGUUUGUUUGUUUGUGAUAAAACUCUUCCAGUCUGUAAUACACAGCUAACAUUAUGACUGUAAGUACAAGUACCUCAACACUGUUAAGUGCCAGUACAGUUCAGUACUAGUUGGAGUAGAUGGUUACGUCCCACCGCUGCAGAUGCUGACAGGGAUCAGAAGUUUUGCUUUCAGAAAACUGCAGAAUGGCAACUAAGUCAUUUUGAAGUACAUGUACUUCACGCGUGUAUUUUAUGAUACUUUCCAUCUCUACUCCACCUCAUUUCACAGGUUUAAUCAGUACUUUCUACUCCACAUUUGGCAGUAAUGGUUACUUUGCAGAUAAGACGGAACAAAACACUACGGUUUUAUGAAAUAUGACAACUGCGCUGAACUACAGCAGAAUAUGAACCAAGUACCACAACGCUGAAGUCAGCUCAACACAUCAAUGAUCCAGUAAUGUGUACUUCACAUGUACUUGAUGAGUGUUGAC